UUUAAUUUUUAAUUUUUCAUAUUUCCUAUACUAUGCCCUUGCUUUGAAUGUGUAUGUUCUUUUUCCUCAUUUCUUUUUCAUAGAUAAAGUGUUUGUUCUACUUCAUAGUAUUCUAGUUUUUGAGGGUACGAUGAUGCCUUGUUAUGCUUGCUCAGAUCGGUUUUAUUCGGUUUCUUCCUCUAUUAGUCCUAUCGAAUCUGCUGUUUAAAGGUUGUUUUUGUGAAAUUGUUGGUCUUUUUACUUUGUAUAACCCGAGAUUUUCAACCCAUUUUACUGUUUUUGUUCUAUGAAGGUGAGAGCUGGAGAGGAUCCUAAGCCUAUUUAGAAUAAUAAUGUCACUUAGUAAAGAUCUUAUCGUCCUGAUAUUACAGUUCUGCAAUGAGGAGAACCUAAUGAAGACUGCUCAUAUGUUGGAGCGGGAAACUGGAAUUUUCUUUGAUAUGAAACAUUUUGAGGACAUAAUUCUCGAGGGAUGCUGGGAAGAAGCUGAGAAAUACCUUUCUUGUUUUACCGGGGUUGAUGACAACAAAUAUUCAAUCAAAAUUUAUUUUGAGAUUAGGAAGCAAAAGUUCCUCGAGGCUCUGGACAGAAAUGAUUGGGGGUUAGCGUUAGAUAUCCUUUUGAAGGAUCUUAAAGUGUUUGCUGCAUCAAAUGAAGAGCUAUACAGAGAGAUGGCAUUGCUUUUAACCCUUGAUGACUUCAGAGACCAUUCGUCGCUAUCCUCGUAUGGGGAUACUAUGUCUGCUAGAAAAUGUUUGGUGAUUGAACUGAAAGCCAUUAUUGAAGCGAAUCCCCAGUUCCAUGGAAGGCUAACUUUUCCUCAACUCGGUAAAUCAAGAUUAAGGCGGCUUGUCAAUCAGAGCUUGAAUUGGCAGCAUAUUCAUUGUGCAAAUCCUCAACCAGAGCCACAGAUCAAAACUCUAUUCACAGAUCAUAAGUGUCCCGAGCCUGAUCAGUCAAGCGAGGAAUUUCAAAUGCCCCGAAAAACGAUUUCAAUUUCAACCCCGCCUUUCCCUUGUUCUUCCACUAUAAGUGACCACACAGCUUCAGAUCAAGUGGUUAGAGAUGAAACUCUUACAAGAUAUGGUUCACCGUUCGAGGAUGUCAAUGAUUCUGGAAGUGUCAUCACUAUAACCUCUACUGAGGCAUUCAAUGAGAAGGUGUCACCUGGUCCUCCUAGUCAGUGUCCGUCUGAUAACUUUCCCAAGGAUGUAGAACGCGUUUUAAAUCUGGGCUCCUCUCCAACGAGCAUGGACUUUCACCCUAUUCAACAGAUUCUCCUACUAGUUGGAAACAGUGUUGGAGACGUAGAAUUGUGGGAUGUUGGUGCAGUAAAGAAGCUAUUUUGGAGAAAAUUUACGGUUUGGAAGACAGAGGCCGUCUCAGCAUCAUUUCUGGAAGAUAUAAACAAAAACCCGCAUAUCUCAGUUAAUCGUGUACUGUGGAGCUCAGAUGGUUCAUUAUUUGGAGCUGCAUAUUCGAGAAACAUUGUACAACUAUAUUCUUACCAUGGCGGUAGCAAUUCCAUCAGAAAGCAACUAGAGAUCGAGGCUCAUGCUGGCAGUGUAAAUGAUCUUGCGUUCUCUAAGCCGUAUAACCAACUUCUUGUCAUAACAUGUGGCGAUGACAAGUUAAUUCAGGUUUGGGAUGCUAUAACCGGUGCUAGACGAUAUACUUUUGAAGGACAUCAAGCCGCUGUCUACUCCCUGUGCCCUCGUGAGAAGGAAAAGAUUCAUUUUCUAUUUUCAACAUCGAAUAAUGGCGAGAUAAAAGCUUGGUUGUUUGAUAACAUGGGGCCGAGGGUUCAAUAUGAUGCUCCUGGCCAUUCGUGUAUGAGAAUGGUUUACAGCGCUGAUGGAAAAAGGCUCUUUUCGUGUGGAACGAAUAAAGAUGGAGACUCGUACAUUGUGGAGUGGAAUGAAACCGAAGGCUAUAUUACAAGGGUUUACAGUGGCCUUUCCAAAUGCUUUUCGGGCAUUUUGCAAUUCGAUAUAAGCAGCAAUGGAUUACUGGCUGCUGGAGAUGACCAUUUAAUCAAAGUUUGGAAUGCUGAUAAUGAUCAAAUCCUGACAGUGAUCGAUGCCGGUGGAGACUUAACCGGAAGCCCCUGCAUUCGCUUCAACAAGAAAGGCAGUAUGUUGGCCAUUUCUGCAGAUCGCAACAAGAUCAAGAUCUUGGUAAAUGAGUAUGGACAAAAUUUGCUUCAAACUUCUGUAUCAGAAUCUACUCAAAAGGCCAAGGUGAACGAAUCACCACAUGAAAAGAUUACCGAUAUCCCGGUAGUUGUGGAGCCUGGAGUUCAUGUUGAACCUAACAGCAUAUUAGGGGCUCAGAAUAUUUCUAAAGUCGUCGAAGUUUCAAAAUGCAAGUCCUUGAGACUUCCUUCUGAAGUUAAAACAGAUAGGAUAUGGAGGUUGAUGUACACAAGCUCGGGGAAUGCCAUUAUGGCACUGGCAGCAGAUGGUGUUCACCUAGUUUGGAAAUGGUCAAAGAAUGAUAUUAAUCUGGGUGGGCAGGCAACCACGAAAUGCGUACCUGAAAAGCAACCCCGGAGUGGAUUGCUUAUGGUCAACAGUUCCCCGCCUAGCAGUAACUCUGAUAUGGUUUCCCCAUGCUUAGCUCUGUCCAAGAAUGAUUCUUAUGCCAUCUCGGCAUCUGGAGGAAUGGUUUCUUUGUUCAACGUGAUUGCGUUUAAGAAAAUGAAGAGUUUCAUGCCUCCUGCACCUGCAGCAACAUGUAUUGCGUUCUACCCGCCUGAUAACAACAUAAUUGGUGUUGGAUUGGAAGAUUCGACUAUCAUCAUCUACAAUGUCCGCUUGGACGAGGUCAUAAGCAAGUUAGAGGGACACUUGAAAGGAAUUAGUGGCCUCGCGUUCUCUAAUUCACUGAAUGUGCUCAUCUCGUCUGGCGUUGACGCUCAGAUCGUUGUCUGGGAUUGCAAUAACUGGGAGAAACAGAGAAGUACAGUGCUGCAGAUUUCUCCAGAUUGGUCACCAACAGAAUUAUCAGAGACCAUCGUCCAUUUCCAUCAGGAUCAGAAACGCUUCCUGGCUGUACACGAGACGCAACUUUCAAUUUAUGACACUUGUACACUACACUGUGUAAAGCAGUGGACGAUGAGGAACUUCUGCACCCGGAUAUGCCAUGCAACAUUCUCCUGCAACAAUCAGUUUGUGUAUGCUGUCAUGAGAGAUGGAAUUGUAUUGAUACUGGAUGCUUUUGAUCUGUGUCCCAGAUUUGAGAUUGAUCCCUCCACUUACAUCCCAUCUGAUAUAAGAUCCAAUGGGCUCCCCUUGGUGAUUGCUGCACAUCCUCGAAAAUCGAACCAGUUCGCUCUGGGUAUGAGUGGUGGAGGAGUGCUGGUGGUUGAGCCUGAAAAGUCUGAAGAUGAAUGGGUGGAUGACAACCAAACCGAAAUAACAGCAAAAUUGUAGUAAUAGGAUUAUAGGAAGAAGACAUUGACAAAUGAAGUUUUGGUGUUCGUUUAGAACCAGAAAAUGAGAUCCUGACUUGUCUGUCAGGUUUUUACUUCAA